AUGGCCCCACUAUCAUUACUCCUCGUAGCCUUUCUCAUGGCUGCCACUGCUUACCCCGUAAACGCCGUUCCGCUUGAGGGGCGUCAGGCAGGAUCAUACGACACCCCCAGUGACAAGUCACCUUUCGUCGCCAAUUCGACAACCCCAACAGCCACCGUCGUGACGCCCGUUCCUAUCGCCUCUCUCGCCGCCAACGAUGACACCCCAUCCCAGGUCAUCGACCUGAACAAAAGCGCCAACUCGACCUCAGCAGACGGCAAGAAGAAAAAACACAAGCACCAUAUGCAUAAGGGCGCGAAAGGGAAGAACGCCACCGCUUCUGCUGCCGCCGCUGGAUCCCUGAACAAAAGCGCCAACUCAACCUCAGCAGACGGCAAGAAGAAACACAAGCACCUUAUGAAUAAGGGUGCGAAAGGCGUUUUCGGGAAGAACGCCACCGCUUCUGCUGUUGCUGCCGGAUCGGCGAACGGGACUGAUGUUUACGCGCGUGAUGUUCAGGAGGACGCUGCUAAGAAAGCAAAGGGCGGCAAGAAGGGGAAGGGGAAGAAAGGCAAGAAGGGGAAGAAAGCCCAGAAAGGCGGCAAAGCUGCCGCUCGCGAGGAGGAAGACCUUGAGGAGUCCGAUUCCUCCGAGCUUGUUGAGCGGUUCGUCAAUGUGAUCGAGGCACGCGAUCUUGUGGCAGAGCUUGUAGCGCGCUACAACGACGAGUUGGAGGCGCGCGAGCCUGAGGCUGAGGAGCGCGAUGUGGAGGGCGAGGAACUUGUCGCUGCGAAGAAGGGUAACAAGAAGGGGAAGAAGGGAAAGAAGGGCAAGGGAAAGAAAGGGAAGAAGGGCGGCAAGGCAGCUGCUCGCGCUGCUGACGCCAGUGAUCUCGACCCCAACGCUGAGUCGCCCGUCGCCGCUCGUCAAGACGCGGACGGGGGAAACGACCUUGCCGCUGCUAAGAAGAAGGGUGCUAAGAAGGGGAAGAAUUCGAAGAAGGGCAAGAAGGGAGAGAAGAAUGGGGGUAAGAAAAGUGGCGCUGGUGCCGCCGUGUAAAAUUCUGUAUUCCCUGAGAUUCUCAUAAGAAACAUGACUUUACCGGGGAAUUUAUCUUAUGGGGGUUCAUAUCGGAUAAUUUGAUCGCUUUACGGUGCUUUU